AAAUUAUAAAAAUUUAUUUUUAUUUUUAUUUUUAUUUUUUACCCAUGUAUGUCUUACGCUUCUUCCUGGUCGUUGUGAAUUACGAAGCUUGCAUCUUCACAUAAGCCUUCGAACUACCACUCGUUGACCAGGGCAUUGAAUAACGGCUGUCCGAACUGUGUCCCAAUUGUCAGGCCGAGGUUCCUUGACGCGAUUGAUUCUGUCGGCUACGGGCACGUGGUUAAACAUUUCUGAUUUGGUAGGCUCAUUGAGUCUCCCAGUUCAACGAGAGAAUCAUGGCGUCUAUCAGCAUCUGGAGAUGGUUGCACAUACGAUUCGUAGUGUAUCUUUUCAGGAUAAUAGCCACUUUUCGGUUGAGGUCACUCGCGAAGCGCGAUCUGCUACUUUCCGAUGAUAUUGAGCCCCGCCGCGUGCGUCUCCCAUCACGAGACCAAGGUCGAUUCAUCAAUGGCGAUUUGUACUACCCGCCCGGUCUUUCUGGCUCCUUGUCGCACGGAAAGAGACCUGUUCUCGUCAACUGGCAUGGCAGCGGUUUUGUUAUUCCCUGCUUCGGUAGUGAUCGCUUGUUCUGCGCCCGUGUCGCACGUGAAGCUGGCAUCAUAGUCCUGGACGCGGAUUAUCGCAAAGCUCCAGAAAAUCCGUUCCCGGCGGCGGUCAACGACGUGGAAGAUACACUCAGAUGGAUCGCGAGUCGACCGGAUCAGUUUGAUGUCACUCGUGUUGCCGUAUCAGGGUUUAGUGCUGGCGGUAACUUGGCCUUAGUCGCCUCCUCGUCACUUCGGCCAGAUCUUUCCAGGUUUGGUGUAAAGAUCGUAGUGGUUGCCGCGCUCUACCCAGUGACGGAUUUAUCGAUCGACUCUGCGGCCAAGAAGGUCUCAAACCCUGUCAACCCGAUACCUGCAAGCAUUGCAGCAUUGUGGGAUGACGCUUAUGCCCCUGAUAGGGCAUUGCGGAAAGACCCGCGUGUAUCACCUUCUCUGGCCGAACCAUCUUCUUUUCCAGAAACCGUGGUCAUUAUUGCUUCCGAAGGCGACACGUUGUCUCCCGAGGCUAACGCUCUGGCGGCAAAUUUACAGGAAACGAACAGGACUGUCGUUAAUAAGACCCUACCAGGAAUGGCUCAUGCAUUUGAUAAAGGGUGUUUAGAGAGCACCAAAGAGUGGCAUCAAAGGGAGAUUGCAUAUUCUACCGUGAUCCGCUCGCUCCAGGUGGCUUUGAAGGUGUGAAUUUCCAUGCAAAGCAGUCCUCAGAUAUGUGUGGCACACAACAAGCUCUAAUGGGCGUGGGGGGUCCUCACAACAAAGCCAUCAGGCUGAACAGGCACAACCGCUCCUUGGAAUCCCAUAUGUGUGAUGGCGCACGAAAAUACCCGAUUGGUACCCGCAAUCACACGAUUAGGCGUAUUGGUUGGACGCCUGAUGAAAGUCAUUUGACACCACCGUCGGCAUGACUUGGUCCGUGCGCGUGGACAACACCAACACCAAUAAGAGGGCCAAAAGUCAAGACAAUAUGCCGAAUUGAGAGCUGUAUAGGUGGUCGAAGUCUAAAAUGUCCAUGAGAUGGAUGCAGCAGACACCAACAUUAGUGAGAAAGCGGAAUAUCCUGUAUAUAGAUGGCCAUCAUGUCGUAGUUGUAGGUGAGAGAUGCUCAAACAUUUUUA